AUCUCUACUUAUUUUUAUUUGUUUCUACUGUUCAAUUUUGAAUAUUACUCUGAAUAUUCAAAAAAUUUACCCCCUUUUUCUCCAAAAUAUUUUAAAUAGAAGUCGUUUUUUGAACUUUUUCUGUUGUUGUUUGUUGAAAUGAUGGAUCUCAUGUGUUUUUAAUGUUGCCUUUUUCUGUGCAGUUAUUUUCUUCUCUAAUUUAUCAGAUAGUGGGUUUUUAGUUUGACAAUUAAUCCCAACUCUAUUCGUCUUUUUCUGCCUUUAAUUUCAUUUUUGGGCUUUUUUUUUCUUCUCUUUCUCUCUCUCUCUCUCUCACUUUUCAGCAUUUUUCUUAUCUCCAGUUUUUCCAAUUUUUGAAUCUACCUAAUUAGGGUUCUGACUCAGGAUCCUGGAAAACUAAGUUAAAGAUCUAUUGUAGGAGGGAACUACAGGAAGAAUUUUAUUGUGCUAAACUUUACCCAAUGUGUUGGGUUUUCUGGGUUUGAGCAAAUGGGUGGCUGCAUUUCAACUAGUAGUCAGAGCACUUGUAGUAGUGCGGGAAAUGGAGAAGCAGUGUCAUCGUCAUCUUGCUUGGGCAUGGGGUUGUGUGGUCGGAAGAGGAGUAAGAGAACUUUUUCCGACCAUGUUGCCACACUGCAGCAUUUAUCGUCUAUACCUAAUCGCAUUUUUAUGAAUGGGAAGAGUCGUAGUUCGUGUACAUUCACUCAGCAGGGUCGCAAGGGGAUAAACCAGGAUGCCAUGAUAGUGUGGGAAGAUUUCAUGGAAGAUGAGGUGACAUUUUGUGGUGUAUUUGAUGGGCAUGGGCCUCAUGGUCAUCUUGUUGCUCGCAGAGUGAGGGACGCUUUGCCAUUAAAGCUAUUAUCUUUUUUGAACUCUUGUCAAACAAAGGAAGUUGGGGCAAGUGGUGCUUGUGGUAACGGAGAUCUUAAAUCUGAGGGUAUAGAAGAUGAGAAAGAUGAUUCUGUUGAAGAUAAAAUUAGCUCAUUGUGGAGGGAGGUUUUUCUGAAAUCAUUUAAGGCUAUGGAUAAAGAGUUGAGAUCACAUCCCAAUGUGGAUUGCUUUUGCAGUGGCAGCACGGCUGUUACAAUUGUAAAACAAGGUUCUAAUUUGUUCAUGGGGAAUAUUGGAGAUUCUCGGGCAAUCAUGGGGUCUAAGGACAUCAAUGAUGCUUUGAUAGCAAUCCAAUUAACUGUUGAUUUGAAGCCAGAUUUACCCAGGGAAGCUGAAAGGAUUAAACGUUGCAAGGGGAGGGUGUUUGCGUUGCAAGAUGAACCUGAAGUUCCUAGAGUUUGGUUGCCAUUUGAUGAUGCCCCUGGGUUAGCAAUGGCUCGAGCAUUUGGUGACUUCUGUCUAAAGGAAUAUGGGGUUAUCUCUGUACCAGAAUUCACCCACCUAACUUUGACAGAUAAAGAUCAGUUCAUCGUUAUGGCCUCCGACGGGGUUUGGGAUGUGUUAAGUAAUGAGGAAGUGGUAGAUAUAGUAUCCACAGCUCCAUCCCGAGCAUCAGCUGCACGUGUACUGGUUGAAUCAGCUGCCCGUGAAUGGAAGCUGAAAUAUCCAACCUCGAAGAUGGAUGACUGUGCUGUUGUUUGUUUGUUCUUGGAUGGUAAAAUGGAUACGGAGUCAGAUUAUGACGAACAAGGUUUCUCCUCAGUGACAAUCCAAAGCAACCAUUCUGGUGCAGCGAUGGAAUCUGAUGAUGGUCAGAUUUCAGAGCCAUCUUUCCAGAGAAACAUGACGGUUAGAUCAUCAGAAGAAAAUGAUUCCUUGCGAAGAUUGCCAGUGGAAGCAAUACCAACUGUUGGAUCUGUCCUAACUGAAGACCAGAAUUGGUCGGGUUUGGAAGGUGUGACUCGCGUCAAUUCACUUGUUCAGCUUCCUAGGUUUUCAGAAGAAAGGCCAAAUUCAUGAUAACAUUCUUUAUGAUUUAAAUUAUUGGAUAGAGCCUGGUUUCUCUAUGAUUCUUUGCUCAAAAGGGUCCUAAACUUGAGUACUUUCCUUGAGAAAGUUACUUGUUGUAGAAGGUUUGUGCCGGAUCUUGUUGUUUUGUACACCAAUGAAAAUGUAAAGGAUAUGAGUAGUUAUAUGGGGUAACGUUGAUGCUUCUUAUUCCUCUGAAAAUUGUAUUACUCCUUUUGUAACAAUGUACUCUGUAAUAUUUAGUGUCAGCUAGUCGGCUAUCCUGUUGGGUCUUGUUUUCAGGAGAAGGCUCGUGUAUAGGGUGACAUUGUCAUAUUCACAACCUUUUAUUUAUUUGCGAAUUUUGCUUUCAUUA